ACGGAAACACUUGUGGUUCAUCACUCUGUCAGUAACGAUUUGCAUUACCAACAUUUGCCACAAGUUCGGUCGUAACAUCCCCAUCUGACGGUUCGCAUAAGGAAGUUACAAUUGCGGUUAUGUUCUACAGUGUUUUCUCGUGGCUUUAAAUAAAACAAGGAUUCUAGCAAUAAUGAUCAAAUAAAUCGUUAGAAUUAAGUUGCGAGUUUCAUUCAAGUUAAGUCGAUUGAAAAUGAACAACGUAUUUAGAUUACGUUCGUUCCGGUAUCUCAACAGCCGCCGAUUGCACUCUACGAAAUUCGUGUUCGACGUAGAGAAUAGGCAAUUGUACGAAGAUAUCUUCCCCUCUAUUUGCGAGCACGACGUGAACAAGUUAUGGAGAAGCCCGCCUCAGGUCGUGUAUGCAGGAUUCGACCCGACCGCAGACAGUUUGCACAUCGGCAAUUUGUUAAUUCUCAUCAAUCUGUUGCACUGGCAACGAUGUGGCCAUCAGGCGAUCGUCCUGUUAGGUGGUGCGACAGGAUUAAUCGGUGACCCCAGCUACAGGAAAGUAGAACGCGUCGAAAUCGAGCAAGUCGUGCUGCAAGACAACUUGUAUUCCAUUAGAAGAGACAUUGAGCAAGUUAUUAGGAACCAUGAAAUCUACUUUUGCAAACACCCUAAUCGUUUGACUCCUAUAAAAAUUCUGAAUAAUUUGGAAUGGUACAAAGACGCGAAUCUGUUGGCUUUUAUUAACCAGUUUGGCAGAUAUUUUCGUAUGGGGACUAUGCUUGGGAGAGCCUCUGUUCAAGCUCGAUUGCAAUCCGACAGUGGAAUGAGCCUCACAGAAUUUAUGUAUCCGCUCUUCCAAGGAUACGACUGGCUUCACCUGCACCGUAAUUUCGGUUGCAAUUUCCAAGUCGGAGGCCAGGAUCAGAUGGGUAACAUCGUGUCUGGCUACGAUUUGAUCACUAGGUAUACAAAGAAUCAGGUUUACGGAUUGACACUGCCGCUGAUCACAGCUGAGGGUGGGAAGAAAUUCAGUAAAUCAACGGGGAACGCGGUCUGGCUCUCCGCCCAGAAAUCUUCCAGUUUCCAACUGUACCAGUACUUCAUUAGAGCGGAAGAUGCUGAAGUAGAGAACCUACUUCAUUUCUUCACGUUCCUCCCCACUCGUCAGAUCAAACGAAUCAUGCAGGAGCAUGUACGGAAGCCGGAAUUAAGGGUGGCGCAACAGACCCUCGCUGAGAACGUCACGUUGCUUGUUCACGGCGAGGAGGGUGUGACUGCGGCGAAGAGGGCUUCGGCCGUUCUUUACGAUAAGUCUAUCGAGAAUCUAGCUAGAAUGAACGUGAACGAACUGAUACAGAUACUAGACGGCGCGGCAGUGGUCGAACUUCUCGCUGAGCCAGGUAUCAAUGUUUACGAAUUAGCGAAGAAGGCGAAUUGUUUUAAAAGCGAUCACGACGCGAGGAGGAUCAUCGAGGCUGGUGGUUUUUACAUUAAUUAUCAAAAGAUCACGAACACUGAGGAAGUUAUCGUUCCUGGCGUGCAUAUAUUGAGCAACAAUGUGUCUUUGCUCAGAGUGGGGAAAAAGAAUUAUCACGUCGUACGGUGGCUCUAAAAUAAACGUUCAGAUUUUUGGAUAUAGUCUCAAUAA